AUGCUGAGCGCCCAGGAGCCACCUCGGCCCUCCGGGCUCCGGGGAUCAGCCGCCGGAACCCCUGAGCAGCCGCCGCCACGCAGCCCUCGGGGCACGGCCCUGGCCCCCGCCAAGCCCCUCACCUCCUUCCUUAUCCAGGACAUCUUAUGGGACGGACUGGAGAGGCGCAGCGUCGGGAGGCUCAGCCCUGCUCCCGGGCCCGAGCCAGAGCCUGAGCCCGCGCCGCAGCCCGAGGCCGAGCCUGGCUCCUUGUCAGGGUCCGAGAGCGGCCCGGCGCCCCAGGAUGAACAGCCAGCGAGGCCCGCGGAGCCUGACCGGAGCACCGAGCCGGGCUCCUCUCCCUCGGGGACAGAGUCAGAUGCACACUUUGAGACCUGUCUGUUGGACUGUGCAAACCCUGCCAGUGCUGCCUCCCCCAAAGCCCUGAAGCCACCCAAGCGGUCCCGGGCUGCCUUCUCCCACACCCAGGUCAUUGAGCUGGAGAGGAAGUUUAGCCACCAGAAGUAUCUGUCGGCCCCCGAGCGGGCUCACCUGGCCAAAAACCUCAAGCUCACCGAGACCCAGGUCAAAAUCUGGUUCCAGAACAGGCGGUAUAAGACCAAGAGAAAACAGCUGACCUCUGACCUGGGAGACCUCGAUAAGAACUCUUCCCUGCCCAGCCUAAAAGAAGAAAACUUCUCUGGGGCCUCACUGAUCUCCAUGUAUAACAGCUACCCCUAUUAUCCUUACCUCUACUGCUGGGGAGGUUGGAGCCCAGCUUUCUGGUAGCCCUGGCUGGUGACUGGGGCCCAACCCAUAGUUGCUUCUUCUACUUUGUUCUCUAAAAGCAAAAGGGGGCCAGAGUCAGGGAGGUCAGGAGAGGAGAAGGGGGGCCCAUCCACCAUGCCAAAGGCUUCAAGUAGCACUCAAGCCCCCACUUCUUGACUGGUUCACUAAAUCUGUGACCCAGCAUCCUAUUUAAUAUUUAAAUGGCACUCAGGGCCAGCCAAGGCACCAAAUGAGGGUACCCCUCUCAUCCCAACGAUGCUGCAGACGAAUAUUCUUGUACAGAUUGAGGCUGGAUUAGAUGACUUCUCAGGUGCCACCAAGCAGCUCUGCAAUUCUAAAUCCUGAAGUGAAUCUGACUUGAUCUCCACUCCCAGUUUAACUGUCUUUGCUUUGAACUACCUUUAAAAAAAGAAGAAGAAGAAGAAGAAGUGUGAGCUCCAGGGCUCUCUCCCCAGUGCCUUUGUGCUUUGUUUUAUGAGCUGUCAGCAUCUCUGCUUCCGGGAGGGUCUGUUCUUUUCCUUCAGCUUGGUCACCUGUGUAAACGGAGCAUCUCAUGAGAAGCUAAAGCCAGAACAGGAGCAAAAACAGUGCCAAGCGUGGAGUCUUAUGACAGGGUCUGCACUGUGGGUCUGACCUAAAAGAGGUGCAGGACCUCUUUGGGCCUGGGAAUGUGCCUGAUAUUCUUUUUCUCCCCUUCCCCCCAGUAGAAUGUCAGCCCCUUGAGGGCAGGUACCAUUUCAUUUCUGCCUCUGUAUCUCCAGUGUCUAGAACAGUAAUCGGCACAUAGUAGGUGUUCAAUAAAUACUUGUUGCAUUGCACUCGGAAAAAGUCCACUUGUGGACAGCUUCAGAAGUGGGCAAGCAAGGCCGGGUGUUAGGUUCUUCCUUGAUUUCUGCUCUAGGGAGGAGGCCAAAAAAAUGCAUUAAAAAUUGCUGAAAGGUAAAACAAAGAUGGACUCCAAAUAGUGGGAUUCUAAACCCUUAAUAUGUCAUGGACUUAUUGGCAGUCUGGUAAAACCUAUAGAGUCCUCAAAAUGAUAUUGUAAAAUAAUUGAAGGAAAUCUUCAAUUUCAGUUAGAAGUUUGUGAAAAUAAAGAUGGAUUUUUUUUUAACAUCCAAGUUCCCCGACCCUCUAGACUCAAUUCAUAGACCAUUGGAGGGAGGGAAAGGCCAGGUUAAGAACUCCUGAUCUAGAGGAUGUCUGUUUUAAAAAGUAAGACCCGUGUGAGAUGAGACAGUUUCAAAUGGUCCAUCUAAACAAACAUAACUGGGAACUGAAGGUGUGAGCAGUGCCAAAGUAGUCCUUAUAUUUCUGGUGGGGCAGUGGUAGUCAGUGGCAGUGAGGGAGAAGGGAGAAGAGGAGGUCCUCUCUUUGAAGGCAUCAUGAAGCAAUGGAAAGUUCACUGAAUUAGGGACCAGAAGGUCUGGGUUUCAUCCUUAGCUUUCCCACUUAAUAAUCCUACCAUUUAACCUCUCUAAACCCCAGUUUCCCCAUCUGUAAAGUGGGAGAGACUUUAUAAAGCCUCUCCUAGCCUACCUCACAGUGUUGUUGUGAGAACCAAAUGAGACUAAGUUGGUGAAACAAACUUUUCUUUGUACACUUUAGAUAAAGGUAAGAUAGUUUUAUCAUUAUGGAUUCAAGAAGCUAUGGCUGGGAUUUUCCCUUGGGAACCUCGGGAUUCUGCUUGAGCUAUCACAUGGUAUAACCAGACCUCUAUCUCCUGCCAAAGUUUCAUUCUGAAUGCCAAGUUUGGCUUUCUUCAGGGUUCACCCUCCACAGAGCCCCAUCAAGAAGCCAUGCUAGCUGAGGAGUCUGAUUCCUGUACCCUUUUUUCCUUUCCCAGAGGUCUCGGUCUUGAUUCCAGCUGUUUCUUGCCUGCAAAACAAAACAAAACAAAAAUGACAUGUGAAUUAAAGAUCUGACAGAGUUGACAGGCCUAUCUCACAGUAUAAGAAAAAGCAAUUAGUUCCUUAAAAAAUAUUCUAAAUUCCAAAUCCUGUCAAAGGAACCAUAUUGAGUGAGGGAAGUCAUCUUUUGGCAGGUUCAAACACUAGGUGAUGCUACCUUAAAUUGUUGUAGCUCACGAUUGAACUGACCCUUUCCCUGAGAUUCCUCACAUGAGGGGAAGAAGUUGCAGCUGCUAUGUUUGAGUACCCAAAUUACUGAUGGCCUGGUAUCAGUGAGGUAGCAAGCUGAAGGAUGCAGUGGAGGAAAAUCUGAUAAGAAAUUGCCCCCCUUUAACCUCACUGAACAAGGUGAAGGGAAGAAUAUGGUUUGGUGAGGGAAGAGAGAACAACUCUGACAUUGGAUAGCCCUUGUAAAGUCCAUCCAUGAACAGAUUCUAGGUCUCAGAUCCUGAAAGUCAGUGAUUAUAUGGGCAGGGCAAGGCCUAUUCCCCUAAGUGGAUGACCCAGUGACCUCCUACAUCAAGAGAAGAAGAGGUUUAAAUGCAGGAGACAACUCUCCUAUUCGUUCUAGGGCAGUAGAACUUGGAGUAAGAAGACCUGAGUUCAACUUCUAUCUAUGCUACAUAUAUUACCUGUGUUAUCUGGGGCAAAUCACUUACCUCUCUGAAGGCCUCAGUUUCCCCUUCUCAAUGACCUCUAAGGUCCCUUCUAACCUCAAGUCUCUGUCCUAGUAAAUGUCCUAUUGCUAAGGUGCCUCGUAGAGGAAGAAGCAUUGGGGAAGGGGGUGGGGUGGGAUAGACAAUUUUCUUGUUGUCCGGAAGUCUUUUCAAUGCACUACCUAUUUCCAUCUGGUUUCAAAACAAAACAAAACAAAACAAAAAACCUUUUAAUAGUCCUCAUCUUAAAAGGGCUAAUUUUCAAUCGGCAACAAAACUGCUGAAGUAAGCUUAUGAAAAUUUGGCCUAGCUCAUCCUCCUGGAGCCCAGGCUCUGUGCUGAAGUUUGAUGCAAUGCCACCAGCACCCAUGAUCAAGCUUAGACCCACUUCUAGAAAUCUCAGGAUGAUUCGCCUUAAUUACUCACUCCCUUUCAGGCUUGUUUGCUUCUUAAGAUAACCUUUAAUCGCUUUGGAAUGCACUCUCUCCCCACUGUUCCAAAUUUCAUUUUCUCAGCAUGGAGAUUUAUAAAUGGGCAUCUUUUUACUGUGAUCUAAGUGUUGCAAAAGCAGAAUGGCAAACACAAGCUUUGCUUCCAAAAAAGAACUUUAGAAAACAAUUUGUCACGGUUAACUCCCUUGGGAACGAGAUGCAUGACUAGAAACUGUUUGACAGUGUCAGAGCAGGCAAGAUGGCCCAUGCCUUGACAAUUUCACCCAAGAGCAAAUGUGUCAUGUCAGUUCCAGAACUCAGUUUGGGUUCUUUCUCCCAAUGCCCACCAAUCCAACCACCAUCUCUCACUGUCUAUGGUAUGAAUCAGUAACCUAGCCCCCAACAAAAAUGAUAUUUUUCUACGUGAAUUUUUGCAACAUAUGUGUGUGAGCUUCUUUUUUAAAAAAAAAUAAA